UCUUUGCAGCCCAAAAGAAUCAGAGAGUCAAUUCCGCAUUCCAAGUAAACUCAUUCAUUUCCCUCUCUCUUCUCUCUCGAUCUUUUUUUCUUCCUCCCACUGAGAAUGUCAGAAGGCGCAAUAACCGUCCUAGACGGCACACAGCUAAGGGACAUUGACCUCUCUCCGCCAUUCUCCGAUGGCGCUGUCACCGGAGCUCAGGUCCUCGACCUCGCCGAUUCCACAGUCUCCUCGUCUCUCUUCGGGAUCGCCUUGCCGGGGACUCUCAGAUCAUCUACUCUUAAUACCAUCGGUCUCCACGACAUUGUUGCUUUCCGACAAUCCCAGCUCACUCCAGAACGAGCCUCUGAGAUUCUGAAGGACUAUGUAUCUGCGAUCGCCGAUGGUUUACGAGAUGAUCCUCUUUUAGUGUCAAUUUUGGAUGGGAACACUCUGCAUAUUUUCCUAGAUGAUGAAGAUGAUUUUGCAAUGCUAGCCGAGACCCUGUUCACUGAUUUAGAUACAGAAGAUAAAGGAAAGAUCAAGAAGAGUGAGAUUAAAAAUGCUCUUAUCCACAUGGGGGUUGAAACGGGUGUACCACCUCUUUCAGAAUAUCCUUUGCUGAGCGACAUUUUGCAAAAACACGAAGUGGAGAGUAGCAAUGAAUUGGGUCAAGCUCAAUUUGCAGAAGUGCUUCAGGCUGUCCUUCAAGAGUUAGCAGAUACACUAGCAAAAAAACCCUAUGUUUUCAUUCAAAAUAUCAAGAUCACUAAUGGAGCUCAGAUUAAAAAGCUUUUGGCUGACGAGAAGCAAUUCAACGAUGUCAUAGAAAAGCUCUGGCAGUGGCAGGGAACCCAUAAAGAAGAGGAUGGGGUAACAACUUUGCAAAAAAUCAGGAAUUACUUCGAAAAAGAAUGGAAGGAACUGGGUUUGCCACCUACAGAAGCCAAUGAAGCCGUGGUUCUUCUCUAUGAUGCAAUAUUUGCUGAUAUAGCGAAAGAGAAAUGUGGUUCAAUAUCUGACAAAAAUCAAUUUGAAAAACUUGCACAGGAGAUUUUGGAGAUAUUUGUGGAGCAGCUUGAAGUCAGUCCUGUGUAUUAUGAUUGUGACUGCAAAUGAGCAAGGCGACCGUGUUAAAUCCGGAGCUCGUAUUGUCACUUAAAGGAUUGGUCGUUUCUGCAAUCAUCAUUCUCUUAUGAUCAGGUACGAGCAUUUAAGGGUAAAGUAAUUAUAAUAUCAAACUAGAGUGGAGCUAGGAUGUUAAUCAUGAAAUCAUAGUCAUUUUCAUUAUUAUACCAUACUGAAUUUGAAGGCCCUUGAUGUGGCCAAUAGAUUCUAUACCAUGACAUACAAAAUCAGAAGCAUAAAAAUACAUCAUUCAGAUGAGAUUUGGUUGUGUUUCUUCUCUGUAUAUUUUUUUUGUGAGGAACAAUUUGUACUGGCAAAAUUUUCUUGACUCCCAA